AUGAGUAAAGUAUACCACGUCUUUAUUGGUGAAGAAAUAGUUGAAGAAUCUUCACGCUUGUCAAAUGACACACAGCAUUUAAGGAAUCAUGAUGGAUUUUCAAGAGGUUUUCCUUCUAGAGCUGAAUCUUGUUUAGAAUGUAAGGAGGGAAAUUAUAAACUCGCUUACCUUGUUCCUGAUAAUUAUCACCCUCUGAGUUUUUUACGCAAAAUAUGUCGAAAAGUUGGCAAGGCUGAUUCCCAGAUCAUCUAUUGUUAUUAUGAAUUUGGUUUAGCACUAACCAUUCGUCUUAAUGAAUUAAUAAAGAAAUGGCAAAAGAAGAUGCGAAAGAAGUUAAAUGAUGAAGUUCAUAAACAUUUUCCACCUGGUACUACUUUAGCUACAGUAAGGAUAAAAUGA